UUCUUACGUGACGUAUAAUCUAGUGGACGGGAUGCUAAGACGAGCAACACGGCUACUUAUUCAUCCACCUCGAUAGCUUGCUAGGCAACAUGAAACCGGAAUAUUGAAGCUCUUUAGGCCAUUCUUGUGUAUAUUAGUCUCGGUGUUUUAAACACAAUUAUGUUAACGUAUCAACUGCUUAAUUGUAACGUCAUUUGCAUGUUAAAUGUGUUAACUUGUUAAGAUUGAUACUGAUCCCGGCACUAGGCUAGUCUCUAAUGCUAACCAGCUAAUGCUAUUUAGCGAACUAAUAUCCCCGACCAUGAGCUCACUAAGCUACUUCUCCCCUGCUAAAGAGGUCUGCUGGACUCAGAAAGAAUCUCUGGGGCUGAACAUUAUCGUAAAAGAGGAUGAUAUUACAGUGAAAGGAGCGGAAGAAGCUUUCAGAAUGAAAAAGGAGGAAGAGGAGGCUGUUAUAGGGAAAGAAGAGAAUGAAACUUUAGGAGUGAAAGAGGAAGAGGGGAUACAGGCUGUCACAGUGGUAAAAGAGGAAGAAUCUUUCAGAAUGAAAAAGGAGGAAGAGGAGGAUAUUAUAGUGAAAGAAGAGAAUGAAACUUUAGGAGUGAAAGAGGAAGAGGGGAUACAGGCUGUCACAGUGGAAGAGGAGGUAGAAGCUUUCAGAAUGAAAAGGGAGGAAGAGGAGGCUGUUUCAGUGAAAGACGAACCUUUUUGGGAGGAAGAGGAGGCUGUCUCAAUAAAAGAGAAGGUUGAAGCCGUUCUGGGAGUGAAAGAGGAGGAGACAGAAGCUCUUAUUAACACCAGAGAGAGACAUGACUAUGGUGGAUCCUCUGGGGAGCCUCAACAACAUCCUGAUGCUGACAAGGCAGAGAAGAGUCUCUCCAGAUCAGAACACCAGAUGGUACAGCUUGGUCUGGACAAGCAAACAGCUUUCUCUAUCGGGCUCUGGGCUGGGUUUCUGUAAAGCACUUCAUGACAACAGUGACAUCAGCAUCCAUAAUGAUAUGUGUCUGUGUCCCCUCUUUAUGGUUACCAGGACAACGCUAGCCCUUCCUCCCUCCCGGAGUCCCUGUAUCGUGCCUCUCCCGGUAGCACCUUACUGCUGGGUAUGAAGAGGUUGUCUGUGCUGCUGGUGGACUGCAGGAAAACAACGGGGCUGAGUGGAACUGUGAGAGGAGGAGAAGAGAAGAAAGGAUCAGAUUUGACACAUCAAAGAGAGAGAUCAGACUCUCACGUUGACAGCGGUAAGAGUCCUUCGGGGGAUCCGGACCCAGCGACGUCCAAACCAGCUGGACGACACCACUGCGCCCAGUGUGGAAAGAGUUUUAACCAUUUAGGGAACCUGAAAACGCACGGGAGGACACAUACGGGAGAGAAGCCGUACCACUGCCCCCUCUGUGGAAAGAGAUUCACCCAUUCAGGGAGCCUGAAAGCACAUACAAAAAUACACACAGGGGAGAAACCUUAUCACUGCUCUCAGUGCGGAAAGAGAUUUAUCCAGUUAGGGAACCUGGAAUCACACGAGAGAACUCACACAGAAGUAAAGAGGCUUUUCCACUGUUCUCAUUGUGAAAAAACGUUUAAGAAUUUAGGGAACCUGAAAGUGCAUGAGAAAUGCCAUACAGGCGGGAAGCUUUUUCGCUGCUCCCAGUGUGGAACGAUAUUUACCCAGUUUAGGCAUCUGACAGACCACGAGGUAACACACACAGGGAAGAUGCCGUACCACUGCUCCCAGUGUGGAAAGACAUAUUUCACGUCACAUGCACAUAGUCUUC